GCACCUUGUCACGUCAUACAAUAAUACGGAAGCAGAGCGGUGGACAAAGAACUUCUGAACACACGCGGAUAACAUUGACACAAUCCCACCAGAAAAGUCAAUGCCAGUGUGACAAUGGAUGGGUACUCGGUGCAUAAAGUAAUAGGUGAAGGGUCCUUUGGUCGGGCACUACUUGUCCAAUCCAGAAUCAAUCAUGAGAACUAUGUCAUGAAAGAGAUCCUACUCCCAAAGACACAAUCCAAGAUGGCGAACGCCAGAAGAGAAGCUGUGCUCCUGUCCAGGAUGAAACAUCCCAGCAUAGUGGCCUUCAGGGACUCUUUUGAAGGUGACGGCCACCUCUACAUAGUGAUGGAGUUGUGUGGUGGAGGAGACCUGCUCCAGAGGAUACAACAACAGAGGAACACACUGUUCUCACAGGAAACAAUUCUGAAGUGGUUUGCUCAGAUGUGUUCUGGUACGAUGCACAUCCAUGACCAACGGGUCUUACACAGGGAUCUCAAGUCCAAGAAUAUCUUCCUGACAGAUGAUGGGAGGGUGAAGCUGGGUGACUUUGGCUCAGCCUGUGUUCUAAACAGUGCGAAGGCCUACGCUCACACGUACGUAGGAACGCCUUACUAUGUGUCUCCAGAGAUCUGGAACAGUGAGCCGUACAACAACAAGAGCGAUGUGUGGUCUCUCGGCUGUGUCCUCUACGAGCUCUGCACCCUGCGACACCCGUUUCAGGCUCCUAGUUGGAAGAGUCUGAUAAUGAAGGUGUGCCGUGGUUCCUACCCUCCUCUUCCCCAACACCUGCCCUAUGAGCUGCACUACCUGGUCAAACAGAUGUUCAAGACCAACCCCAAAGACCGUCCGUCCCUCCACACCAUCCUCACGUCUCACCGCGUAGCCGGUCUCCUGCACCGACACCUGCCCAACAAGGAGUCGGAGAGGAGAACAGGACGAUGGAGGAGAGAGGAGGGGGAGAAGGUGGCCUCACUCCUGGGGCAGAAGACCCUCAUCACAGGCUCUACCCUGGAGGGUCUGGAGAUCUGUGUGGCCCCUGCUGAGGCCCCUGCUGAGGCCCCUGCUGAGAGCAGCACCAGUAGAGAGCAUUGUGGCCCUCGUAGACAGUGGGCCCCAGGCCCCUCAGACACAGCUCUACAGGUGUUGGCUAACACAGACCUCCUCUCCUCUGGGAGUCUGGCAACCACAGGCCAGACACAUUCAGAGAACAGAGAGCGGAAACGAUGGGACAGGAGUCCACCAGAGAAGCUACUGAGACUGUUAGAGAAAGCCCAGCUCUCCACCGCUUUCAGAACCUACUCCAUACACCGAGAAGGUGAAGACCCUCUGGUAGGCCCCCUGUCCCGGGGAGGAAGGGACGACACAGACGGACCGACAGCUGGACAGACAGAGGAUGAAGAACGGCUGCAACCACGGUCUGACGACGAGGAUACAGACUUUGAAGAGGACUGUCCCUGUGACUGGAUGGAGGAACUAGAGCAGAUGUCUAUGGACCACUGAUACCUAGCGGUCUGCCUACCUAGCGGUCUGCCUACCUAGCGGUCUGCCUAGCUAGCGGUCUGUCUAGUAGCUAGCGGGCUGUCACAAUACAGGCUGUCACAAUACAGGCUGCCACAAUACAGGCUGCCACAAUACAGGCUGCCACAAUACACGCUGCCACAAUACACGCUGCCACAAUAUAGGCUGCCACAAUACAGGCUGUCACAAUACAGGCUGUCACAAUACAGGCUGUCACAAUACAGGCUGCCACAAUACAGGCUGCCACAAUACAGGCUGUCACAAUACAGGCUGCCACAAUACAGGCUGCCACAAUACAGGCUGCCACAAUACAGGCUGCCACAAUACACGCUGCCACAAUACAGGCUGCCACAAUACAGGCUGUCACAAUACAGGCUGUCACAAUACAGGCUGUCACAAUACAGGCUGCCACAAUACACGCUGCCACAAUACACGCUGCCACAAAACACACAGAUUGCAUUCCAUCUUAUCUAUUACAUCUGAAUGACUAAAUGACACGCAAUUACAAUGUACGCUGCCACAAAACACACAGAUUGCAUUCCAUCUUAUCUAUUACAUCUGAAUGACUAAAUGACACGCAAUUACAAUGUACGCUGCCACAAUACAGGCUGACUAAAUGACAGCACUUUAAUACGAGUCAACAAACUUCCCGUUAUCUUUUUAUUUUCCUGUUUUCGGGAUGUUCAUUUGAUUUCCAUAAAGAUCAUACACAUUACAAUGGAGGCCUUCGGCAUUCACUCCUUUCCAGAGCGGCCUACAAUCAAUCAGUCUGUUCAACGACGGUACAUCAACUAGCGCAAUCACUGUACAGGAGAAUCCUUCAAAACACCCAGCUGUCUGCAAAAUCAAUACUAGUAAGUGGAAAGGCAAAGAUAAGUACAUAUCAACAUGUGUGAUUCAUUCAGGAAAGCCCUUUUUUAUUACGGUGAUUGUCAGAUUAUCAGUUUUGUCUGUCAUUCGUUGUGCCAUGUAGGCUGAAUAAUGAAUAGCUGCAUGGAAUUUACAGUGCAGUUCUGUUCUGAACUUUACUCCUUCCUGAUCACGAGGGUCACAUUCACUAGUGCACACAGCACUGAAACGUUUUUACAACUGAAAACAAGUGUUGUUUUUUUAUGGGACAAGUUCAGUCAGUCCCUCUCUGUUUCAGCCCUUCAGUUAGUCCCUCUCUGUUUCAGCCCUUCAGUUAGUCCCUCUCUGUUUCAGCCCUUCAGUUAGUCCCUCCCUGUUUCAGCCCUUCAGUUAGUCCCUCCCUGUUUCAGCCCUUCAGUUAGUCCCUCCCUGUUUCAGCCCUUCAGUUAGUCCCUCUCUGUUUCAGCCCUUCAGUUAGUCCCUCCCUGUUUCAGCCCUUCAGUUAGUCCCUCUCUGUUUCAGCCCUUCAGGUAGUCCCUCCCUGUUUCAGCCCUUCAGGUAGUCCCUCCCUGUUUCAGCCCUUCAGUUAGUCCCUCUCUGUUUCAGCCCUUCAGUUUAGUCCCUCUCUGUUUCAGCCCUUCAGUUGGUCCCUCUCUGUUUCAGCCCUUCAGUUAGUCCCUCCCUGUUUCAGCCCUUCAGUUAGUCCCUCUCUGUUUCAGCCCUUCAGUUAGUCCCUCUCUGUUUCAGCCCUUCAGUUAGUCCCUCUCUGUUUCAGCCCUUCAGUUAGUCCCUCUCUGUUUCAGCCCUUCAGUUAGUCCCUCCCUGUUUCAGCCCUUCAGUUAGUCCCUCUCUGUUUCAGCCCUUCAGUUAGUCCCUCUCUGUUUCAGCCCUUCAGUUGGUCCCUCUCUGUUUCAGCCCUUCAGUUAGUCCCUCCCUGUUUCAGCCCUUCAGUUAGUCCCUCCCUGUUUCAGCCCUUCAGUUAGUCCCUUCCUGUUUCAGCCCUUCAGUUAGUCCCUUCCUGUUUCAGCCCUUCAGUUAGUCCCUUCCUGUUUCAGCCCUUCAGUUAGUCCCUUCCUGUUUUAGCCCUUCAGUUAGUCCCUCUCUGUUUCAGACCAUUUUUUCUGUUUGGUACCUGGUGAAUAUGACUCCGGUGAGAUGAGGGGUGGACCUAUGAGGGAUGGAUAGCAGUAUUCCUUCAUCACUAAUUCCCAUACUAUACACUGAGCAGUACUACAUACCACUCCUGGGAUACCCCUCACGUGUACUGUUUACAUAUAUGUUGCACUGCUUAUGUUUUGAAAUCGUGGAUAUGAAUUACUUCAAUGGGAACCAGUCAUGUUUUUUGACUGUAUGAUGAACAACUUUGUGACACUGUUCAUAUUUUAACUAUAUGUCUUUUGUUAGAAAGUAUUCCACUGAGGAAAAUGUACAUUUAAAAAAUGUUUUGAAAUGUGUUGAAGAGUAAUGGUGAUAACAGGUGAAAGAGCUUUACCUAAUUGAGUGAUCUCCGCUUAGCUUUUUAGAUUCAUCAGAGCUGUUUUUGUCUUUAAUAUUUAAAUAAAUGGUAACUUAACAAUGUAUGAUUUGUUUCAGAAAAUAAAAACCGUUGUGAUGUC